CUUCCGGCUGCGAGUCGGAAGUGGCUCUUCUGCGCCGGGCAGGUUUAGCGCGUAGCGGCUGCGUGGAGUUUGAGUGCGGCUGGCACACGAGGUAGUGGUGUCGUGCUUCCCCGUGACCCGCAGUGGAGAUGUCGCACCCGUCCCCGCUAGCCAAGCCCUCCAACCCCAAGAACCCUCGCGUCUUCUUCGACGUGGACAUCGGAGGGGAGCGAGUUGGUCGAAUUGUUUUAGAAUUAUUUGCAGAUAUUGUUCCCAAAACUGCAGAAAAUUUUCGUGCAUUGUGUACUGGAGAAAAAGGCACCGGAUCCACAACUGGGAAACCUCUCCAUUUUAAAGGCUGUCCUUUCCAUCGAAUUAUUAAGAAAUUUAUGAUUCAGGGUGGAGACUUCUCAAAUCAGAAUGGAACAGGUGGAGAAAGUAUUUAUGGUGAAAAAUUUGAAGAUGAAAAUUUUCAUUAUAAGCAUGAUCGGGACGGUUUGUUGAGCAUGGCAAAUGCAGGCCCCAAUACAAAUGGUUCUCAGUUCUUUAUCACAACAGUUCCAACGCCUCAUUUGGAUGGGAAACAUGUGGUGUUUGGUCAAGUAGUUAAAGGACUUGGUGUGGCAAGGAUGCUUGAAAAUGUAGAAGUGAAUGAUGAAAAACCUACCAAAUUGUGCAUUAUUGCAGAAUGUGGAGAAUUGAAAGAAGGGGACGAUUGGGGAAUAAUCCCUAAAGAUGGCUCUGGUGACAGUCAUCCAGAUUUCCCUGAGGAUGCAGAUAUAGAUUUAAAAGAUGUAGAUAAAAUUUUACUGAUAACUGAAGACUUAAAGAAUAUUGGAAAUACAUUUUUCAAAUCUCAGAACUGGGAGAUGGCUAUUAAAAAAUAUGCAAAGGUUUUAAGGUAUGUGGAUAGUACAAAGGCUGUUAUUGAGAAAGCAGAUACAUCCAGACUACAUCCUGUAGCCUUAAGCUGUGUUCUGAAUAUUGGUGCUUGUAAAUUGAAGAUGUCAAAUUGGCAAGGAGCAAUUGACAGUUGUUUGGAGGCUCUUGAGAUGGACCCAUCAAAUACCAAAGCGCUGUACCGAAAAGCUCAAGGAUGGCAGGGAUUAAAGGAAUAUGAUCAAGCAUUGGCCGAUCUUAAGAAAGCUCAGGCAAUAGCUCCAGGAGAUAAAGCUAUCCAGGCAGAAUUGCUUAAAGUCAAACAAAAGAUAAAGGCACAGAAAGAUAAAGAGAAGGCAGUGUAUGCAAAAAUGUUUGCUUAGUAAAGAUCAAACUUAUCUUAAAUAUCACACGUUGAUUAUAUUAAGGACAAUGUAGAGUUACUGUCUCCAUACGAUCGAUCCCUGAUGUGUUUCCUUUGCUGUUGUGUUCUCCUUGUGUACAGUUGAGAAGUACUGAUAAUAGGUUCCCUCUAAUAAAGUGUGAAGAAAUACAGUGAAGCUCAUUUUGAAAAACUGCUGUCUGCAUUUUACAAAGAAUGGUGUCUAGCCAAUGUUUAAACCUUUAAAAUCUCACCUAAAAUUUUUAGGCUUUGUGGAUGAUCUAGUCUGUUAUAACUAUGUGUAUAACCAAUGGGCAUGGCUAUGUUUCAAUAAAACUUUAUUCCUAACUGUUGA